AUUUCUCUUGUCCCUCAUCAUCUGCAUCUCCUUACCCCCUACUUAUACGCCAGAGCGCCCAGAACAGAAAUACUUCCACCACAAUUUAUAGCGCUCGAGGAAACACAUCCAUCGGUAUUCGACAUGGCCACAUUGGGCAGUCCGCCACACAGGCAACGCUCUGCCUCAAAUAGCAGCCUCUUGUCCUCUAUCGUGAACACAAUCCCUGCGCCCCUUACCAAUUUAUUCACUUCUCCAAGAGUAGAACAAAGGGUCUUGCUCGAAGAAGACGAAGUUCCUCUAGAAGAAGGGAGCCAGUCGCUUAGCAAAGAAGCUCCUGUCGGAUUACGGAGGGUCGAACUGAGAGUAGGAGGAAUGACCUGUGGGGCGUGUGUGGCAUCCAUCGAGUCUCAGCUGAAGCAACCCGGUAUUAAAAGCAUCCAGAUAUCUCUGCUUGCUGAGCGAGGGGUAGUAGAAUACGAUGAGAACUUUGUCAAGGCGGAUGGAGAGCAUUGGACAGACGACAAGAUUGCCGAGGAAAUAGAAGACAUUGGGUUCGAAGCCACUGUCGUCGAAAAGAGUGAAGUGCAAGAGGUGGAAUUACGUGUAUAUGGACUGGAGAACCAAGAAAUAGUCAGCAGUUUGCUAUCGACUACAGAGGGGAUCCCUGGUGUCCAUUCUGCCGUUCUUCUGCCGCCCUACUCCCACCUCGCCCUAACACAUUCCCCUCUAUUAAUCUCUCUUCGUUCAAUCGUCGACACGCUUUCCGCAUCUUUCCCACAGCUAUCAUUUUUACCAGUAUCAAACAAUGAUGAUUCUCAAAUAGCGUCUCUGCAAAAGCACAAGGAAGCAGCUUUAUGGAAAAGGACGCUUUUCUUAUCGGCCAUAUUUGCUGUCCCCGUGUUUAUCAUUGGGAUGCUAAGCAUGUAUCUGCCGAUGUGGUUGAUGGGAUGGACUAUGUGGAAAGUUGUGACGGGGAUCUAUCUUGGGGAUCUCGUCUGUCUGGUGCUUACACUGCCUGUGCAAACCUGGCUGGCAAAGAAGUUUUAUCUGAAUGCUUGGAAAUCUAUCAAGCACGGAUCAGCUACCAUGGAUGUUCUGGUUGUUCUUGGAACAUCCUCUGCUUUCUGUUACUCUGUCCUUGCCAUGUUCUUCGCCAUGUUCUCAUCCGACCCGGACUACCGCCCUCAAACCUUCUUUGACACUUCCACCAUGUUAAUCACUUUCGUCUCCCUUGGUCGAUACAUCGAAAACAUCGCCAAAGGCAAGACUUCCGCCGCUCUUACCGACCUCUUGUCCCUCACUCCUUCCUCCGCUACGAUUUACGUUGAUCCCCCUGCGGAGGGCGAGCUGCCGGAUUCUUCUGCCAAGACACGUAAAGUCCCCACUGAACUCGUUCAGGUCGGUGAUGUCGUACUUCUUGUUCCUGGUGAGAAGAUCCCGGCCGAUGGUACCGUCUUAACCGGCUCAACAUCAGUUGACGAAUCCAUGGUAACUGGCGAAGCUCUUCCCAUGCCUAAAACAGCCGGUUCUCAGGUGAUCGGCGGUACGGUAAACGGAUUGGGGACCAUCACUUUCCGGGUCACCCGCGCUGGAGCCGACACCGCCCUUUCCCAGAUUGUUAAACUCGUAGAGGAUGCUCAGACUUCAAAGGCACCUAUUCAAGAGUUUGCCGAUCGCGUCGCUGGUAUCUUUGUCCCCAUUGUCAUCACUCUCUCGUUGUCGACGUUUGUGAUAUGGAUGAUCAUUUCGCUUCUCUCGUCUUAUGGCAGCUUGCCAGAGGUUUUCCAUUCUCCUGGCGUGGGCAGAUUUGGUGUUUGCCUCAAGCUCUGCAUCUCUGUGGUCGUUGUGGCUUGCCCAUGCGCUUUGGGGUUGAGCACCCCUACAGCCGUGAUGGUCGGUACAGGGGUCGGUGCUAAGAACGGUAUCCUUAUCAAGGGCGGAAAAGCCCUUGAAGCGUGCAAGGGCGUCAAGAGGGUUGUUUUGGACAAGACUGGAACGGUGACAGAAGGCAGGAUGGCUGUUGUCUCGGUCGUUUGGGCUUCCUCGUCUAGCGGUGUCAACAUUGGACAAGGGGACUUGGACACUGCCGCCACGUUGUCUACUACAACGUCUGCCAACCCUCUUCAACGACACACUAUCAUCUCCCUUAUUUCUCUUGCCGAAGCCAGGUCUGAACAUCCCUUGGGUAUGGCUGUUGCCGCGCAUGGGCGUGAAAUUCUCUCCAACGCUGGCCUUCCACCUCCGAACGGCGAGGUCGUCGAGUUUGAGAGCCAUACCGGUGAAGGCCUCGAGGCUGUCGUCAAACUUUCUGGCGGUGCGGUUGAGGAGUGUAUCCGGAUCGGCAAAGCAGAUUUUGUGCUGUCCAACAACAGCAAAUUUGGUGAAGCUUAUGCUGAGAAGCAACUUAGUAUGCCAAGCGAAAUCCUCGAGUUUGAACAUGAUCAAAUGGCUCUUGCCAGGACUGUCAUCUUCGUCUCAAUCAUCCGCCCUACCGGUGUGGUUCCCGUCGCCGCCCUCUCUUUAUCUGAUUCCCCCAAGCCGACCUCCGCUCAAGCCAUCCGUGCCCUCAAGAAUAUGGGUAUCAAGGUGACCAUGCUUACAGGUGACGCUGCUGCUACCGCUCAAGCGGUCGCCCGACAGGUCGGUAUCGACGAGGACGAGGUUUACUCUGGCGUAAGCCCCAAAGGGAAGGCCAAGAUUGUCCAAGAUCUUGAUGGAGCCAGCGGUGGCGUAGCCAUGGUUGGCGACGGUAUCAAUGAUUCUCCCGCUCUUGUUGCAGCUUCUCUCGGUAUCGCCCUUUCUUCCGGUACAUCUAUUGCCAUCGAAGCGGCCGAUGUCGUCCUCGUGCGAUCCGACUUGCUGGACGUUGUUGCAGCCCUCGACUUGGGUCAGGUCAUCUUCAGGAAAAUCAAGGCCAACUUGAUCUGGGCGUGCUGCUAUAAUGUGCUGAUGAUCCCCUUGGCGAUGGGUGUAUUAUUGCCAUGGGGUAUCCAUCUUCAUCCAAUGAUGGCUGCGGCGGCUAUGGCGUUUAGCAGUGUUUCCGUUGUGGUAUCGAGUUUGACUUUGAAGUGGUGGACUCGGCCCCAGUCGUCAAUCGCUUCCGGAGAAACCUACAUUCACCCAAGUCCUCGCAAGAGUGUUGUGUCUGUCUUCGUCGAGGGCGCCAGAGACACCAUCAUGGAUGGUGUUGAUCGCCUUGCAGAGAAGCUACCCUUCUUGAAGAGAUUUACUGAAAGAAGAGGAAAUGUACCCUCGACGGCAGAGUACGAGGCUAUUCCUUUAGGUCAAGCGGGAGUGUAUGAGGUGUAGGCUAUGUUUGUUUCUUAUGGACCUUUGGGUUUUGUUUUUUGGUCAUUUUCGUAGUAAUCUGUGUACAUUUUUGAAUAUUGAAUAAAUGUAUCCUAUGCCA